AUGGUCGGGGUUUGUGAAAGGUCUGUUGAGCAUGUAACUUGUAAAGGUACUGCAGGAAUUGUGGCGUGUCCUGGCAGAGGGGUUGAGUACUUCUGUGGUAACCUGUUGGAAGCAAUUGAUGCAGCUCCAUGGACUAAUAGUAAUCUUUCUAAUGCUAAAGUGCGCUCCUUUGGUACUGAAGACCGGCCCACAGACAGACCUGCUCCUCCGAGAGAAGAAAUCUAUGAAUACAUUAUUUUUCGAGGAAGUGACAUCAAAGACAUCACUGUCUGUGAACCUCCAAAAGCUCAACAUACUCUGCCACAAGAUCCUGCCAUUGUUCAGUCUUCACUGGGCUCUGCCUCUACAUCAUCCUUUCAGCCACAUGUGCCUUACAGCCCGUUUAGAGGUAUGCCACCUUACAGCCAGCUUGCUGCCAGCUCUUUACUUAGCCAGCAGUACGCAGCUUCGUUAGGUUUAGGUGCUGGCUUUCCUUCUGUUCACCCAGUCCGCAAAAGCCCCAUGGUAGAGCAGGCUGUUCAGACUGGCCCCGUUGACAACAUGAAUUCACAAAAGCCUCCCCCAGUGAAAGUAACUCCAGGGGUUCAGCGCAAUGGACGGCAGGUUCCGCAGGGCAAUAGUAAGACAAAUGAUACAGUUCAGGCAGCACCUGUGCAAACCCAAGGACAGGUGAAUGAUGAAAACAGAAGACCUCAAAGGAGAAGAUCAGGAAACAGGAGAACCAGAAACCGUUCUAGAGGACAAAACAGACCAACUACUGUGAAGGAAAACACAAUAAAGUUUGAAGGUGAUUUUGACUUUGAAAGUGCAAAUGCACAAUUCAACAGAGAGGAACUUGAUAAAGAAUUCAAGAAGAAACUAAACUUUAAAGAUGACAAAGCAGAGACGGGGGAAGAAAAAGGGGACCCUGGAGUGGCAACUCAAAACAAUGACGGUAAUGCAGAGGAGGACCUUCUGGGACCCAACUGCUAUUAUGAUAAAUCCAAGUCUUUCUUUGACAACAUUUCUUCAGAACUGAAAUCUAGUUCUAGGCGUACCACAUGGGCUGAAGAAAGGAAGCUCAAUACGGAGACGUUUGGAGUGUCUGGACGGUUCCUUCGUGGCCGCAGCUUUCGUGGUGGAUUUCGAGGCGGAAGGGGUAGUGGAGCAGCAAGGCGAAACCAAACCACUCACAGAGCUGGUACUGGCAGAGUGUAACUUCAGAGGUUCUAACAUCUCUCCUGAGAGGACGAAACUGUAUAUAGAAAGAAAACAACCAACUGCUGCACUAAUGUGGGAAAAUGGUUCAUAUUGUUUACUGUCUCAGCUCAAGCGACAGAACUUCAUGUACUUACUACUGCUUAUAUUCUGGACUUAUUUUGGACCAGCAGCUGUCAGCUGGAAUAUUCUUUGGAAGAGGGAAUGUGUUCAGGGGUACCUUCUUCAGGGUGUCUUUUUUGUUUGUGUUUUUUUUUUUAAGUGCAGACUAACUUACAUGGUUCUUCUUUCUGGGUCUCUCAAAGGCUGCUACAGUCUAAGCUUAAAGUCAGACUCCUUUUCUGAACCCUGAAGAAGAUAAAUCAUGGUCUUUUUAACAUGGAACCAAAGCUCACUUGAAAU